AUGGUCAAAUGUACGAGCAUCGAAACUGUUCGUAAGGCAUUUAUCACGGAGCUUUUUGGUCCCUCGAUUCAAACUAUAUGGGAAGCUUCAAUCCACAGUGUGCACCUACCUCGCAAGCCAACGCAAGAUCUGUCGGACAAAAAGAUGAAGUCCUUAUCGGCAAAAUAUUGUUCGAUCCCGCAACAACGCCUUACCUACUACCCGGCAGUACCUGAUUCCAUCUUUGACGCUCCUGAUUUGGAGGCUGCAGCUAGUGACGCCGAAAGUACGCCCAAGUCCCAGUCGAAGCGCAAGCCAGGCCGGCCAAAGAAGGAGAAGACCACCUUGAAACCUAAUCAACCUUCCAUUCUACAGUUUUUUUAG